GCUCUUUACAGCUAUUAACUUCCCUUUCCUCUGGUUCUCGAUCUCAAAAUACCCUUUCGGGUUUAGCUUAAGCUUUCUGGUUUUUGAAAAUUUUUGUUUAAUCUACACAAAUUAAAAAUGGAAGGAGGAGAUUCAUCAUCAAAAUCAGGAGGUGGAGGUGAAUUUUUCCAAGAUUGGGAGCUUUUACAGAGUUCUGAUUCUGAUUCUAUUGUUAACCCGGAAAAUCCAGUUCAAAAUUCCAGGAAUUUUGAUGAAACUGAAGGGGAUUAUUCUGGUGGAAUGAUAAGAUCGGAUUAUUUUUCGCUGGAAAAUCAAAAUCGGUAUGCAAAAACGAGUCUUGCCGAUGUUAACGAAGAGAGUUCUGUUGAGUCGGAUAAUCCGAGUUGGAUUGAUCCUGGGUUGGAGACUUGUUUUGAGAGGAAGAAUUCGGGGGAGUUUUGGUCUGAUUCGGGUAGUGAACGAUCUGAUGAACGUAAAUUUGGUGAUUUGGAGGAGAAAAACGAGAUGGGUUUGGUUGGAAAUGGGAAAAUUCAAGUGGGUUUUGGUGAUUUUGAUGUGAAAAAUGAAUUGGGAUUGGAUGAGAAGUUAAAAAGGGAGGAGGGUUUUGAAGGGUUUGGAGAAAGUCAACUGCAGGAUAAGGAUUUGGAGAGGUUUUGGUCUGAUUCUGGGGGUGAUGGAUUGGUUUUAAAGAGCUUUGAGGGUGUUGAGAAGGAGGAGGAAAUGGGUAGUGAUCAUGUGGAGGAAGGGGUUGAGUCUGAGGACUGCGGCGAAUCAGGCGGUGGAAAUGGGACGAAUUCGAGAGUUGGGAUGGAAGAAGUGAAGGGUGAAGUGAAGACAGCCGGUGUAGAGGAGAAGAUAACGAUAGCUUGGUGGAAGGUUCCUCUUGAGGUGUUGAAGUAUUGUGUUUUGAAGGUUAAUCCUGUUUGGUCAUUCUCAGUGGCAGCGGCUGUGCUCGGAUUGGUUGUGUUGGGACGAAGGUUGUAUAAUAUGAGGAGGAAGACAAAGGGCUUGCAACUCAAGGUUACUCUUGAUGAUAAGAAGGUGUCUCAGUUUAUGAGCCGUGCUGCUCGUCUCAAUGAAGCUUUCUCAGUGGUGAGACGGGUCCCAAUUGUUCGGCCUGCACUACCAGCAUCUGGAGUGAAUCCAUGGCCUGCAAUGAUGAGUUUACGGUGACAUGUAUGUUGGUAAAGUAGAUAUUUGAAUGAAGCAUUGUGUGCUGAAGGUGAGUCUUAUGAUCAUAUAUAUGUAGUGGUUUGCUAUUUUCAAAGUGUUUCACCUCUUGUGUAAGAACUCUGAUGAAGUUGAAAUGUUUAUAAAUUCCACGCUUAACGUA